AUGGUGGCAUCUGCUGUGCAAUUGUUUUCUGUAAAAACAGCUGCUGCUAUUGAAAAAGCAGGUAUUUUACACCAAGUUGCAAAAGAAGCAUUAACUUCUGCAUGGUGGCUGAGACUUGUAGCAGAAUGGUUUACAAUUAUGACUACAAGGCAUCCAAAAAAAGGCAUCACUAUCAAAAAUCAAGAUGAGAAAUUUAAUAUUUUAUUGAAAUUCAUUCAUGUGACUGAAACUGUUCAGUUUGGGAAAGCAUGGAAGCCAUUUCAAACUGGCAUUAUUAUGAGCACAUUGAGUGUUGUGAAACUCUCAAAAGAAUUAUUUUCCGAGGGGUUUACAUUUUUCUUACCAGGCAGGUUGACACAAGAUGCGCUGGAAAAUGCCUUUUCACAGAUUAGACGAAAGUUGGGUGCAAAGCCUACUGCUUUGCAAGCCAAGAGAGCACUGAAAUUAGUGUGCCUAUCACAGUUCAUUUCAGAUAUCAAUAAUCCAAAUUAUUGUUCUGAAAGUGACCACAGCCUCUUUGAUGCUUCUGAAUUAGAGGUUGCUAUCAGAAAGGAGGUCUUGCAUCCUAUCUCCAAUUCUGUAGUGCCAUCUACCUCUUCUGCAGUGGCAGUGAAACGUCGCUUGCCCCCAGCUGUGGAAGAAAAUGAUAUACAUUACAUCGCAGGAGCCAUAUAUAAUAAGUUGUUGAAAAAAAAAAAGCAUAUGUGAAAAUUGUAAAACAGCUAUGACCAUUUCAGAGGACAUGCUGGAACCUGACAUACCCGAGCAUCGCACAAUUCUUACAAAACAUAGCAAUAAAGGUGGACUGAAGGUCAUCUCUUCAGGAAUGUAUCAAAUAUGUAGGGAAGCUGAACGAGAAUUUCAAAAAUGUAAAGAUGUACUCCUUCGUUUACAAUCAGCCAUCACAAAAGAAUUAGUUGAAAGAAUAAUUGAUAAAUGUACGCAUGUGGCCAUGCCAGAAUGCUGUAAUCUUAAGAAAGUAAUUAUUGAUAAUUUUUUUAUUACUAGAUGCAAAGGCCUUACACAGCAUCUUAUCAACAAAAGAGCCCAUAACGUUUCAUAUUCAUCAGCAUCGGCCAAUAAGAAACAAAAAGUAAAAUAAUUUUAGAAGGCACUUGUGGAUCAUGUCAGACAACAUGCAAUAGAAAAAAGAUGUCCGUGUGCAUAAAUUU